UCAUUCGCUGAGCGGGUCGGUGAAUUGUCAGCGCGCUCCGGGCAGCUGCUGAGCCUGAGCCGGGGCUGCCGCCGAGCUUGACGUGCUCCCUCCGAGGUGCCUGCCCGAGCCAAUGUGCUCCGGUUGGCUAGGGCGAGAGGUGUCGCCGGUUCGGGGCAACUUGAAAUUCAGGAUCCACAGCAGGGGCGUCGGUUUGCGAUCGGGACUCGGCGAUGAGGAUGGAAAGCCUGUAUGAAUGUGGAAGCCAUUAGCAGAGUAAUUGCUGUCUGUUACCAUGACAACCAGCCGCUGCAGUCACCUGCCCGAAGUGCUGCCAGACUGCACCAGCUCGGCUGCGCCCGUGGUGAAGACCGUGGAGGACUGUGGCAGCCUGGUGAAUGGGCAGCCGCAGUAUGUCAUGCAAGUGUCAGCCAAGGACGGGCAGCUGCUGUCAACAGUCGUGCGGACCCUUGCCACCCAGAGCCCCUUCAAUGACCGGCCAAUGUGCAGGAUCUGCCAUGAGGGCAGCAGCCAAGAGGACUUGCUCUCUCCAUGUGAAUGUACAGGGACCUUGGGGACAAUCCAUCGGAGCUGCCUGGAGCACUGGCUGUCGUCCUCAAACACCAGUUACUGUGAACUCUGCCACUUCAGGUUUGCAGUCGAGCGCAAACCCAGGCCGUUAGUGGAGUGGCUCAGAAACCCAGGCCCCCAGCACGAGAAGCGGACUCUGUUUGGAGACAUGGUGUGCUUCUUGUUCAUCACGCCGCUGGCCACCAUCUCCGGCUGGCUCUGCCUGCGGGGCGCCGUGGACCACCUGCACUUUAGCAGUCGGCUCGAAGCCGUCGGACUGAUUGCACUCACUGUCGCACUCUUCACUAUUUACCUCUUUUGGACCCUAGUGUCCUUUAGGUACCACUGUCGAUUGUACAACGAAUGGCGUCGGACCAAUCAGAGGGUGAUUCUGCUCAUUCCAAAGUCUGUCAGCGUACCUUCCAACCAGCAGUCCUUGCUGGGCCUCCACUCUGCCAAGAGGAACUCAAAGGAGACAAUCGUUUGAUGUUGGAGUGAUUGGUGGGUUGAUUCCUUGUUUGGGGUUUGGAAGUUUCUGCACUGGGGCCAUGCACUGAGCCACCCCCAAACCCUUCCUCAAGCCCGUGGGUGGAAGAACAUCCAGAGCCAUGUUAUCUCGUCGCCCCGAGCAAAGGACUCCGCCCGAAGAAAGCAAAUGCUAUCUGACUUCAGACCGUGGAUGCUGCAAUCAUAUGAUAUUUGCUAAGCUGCCAAACAUGUUUAUUGAGCAGAUACUGUAUGGAAUUUUCUGAACGCCUCUUUAACCCAUGAGGAAGGUUGUCCUGCUAAUGAUGCAGUCCAAUUCUUCCUUUUUUAUUACUAUUUCAAAUAUAUAUAUAUAUUAAACUUAGAUGAUAAUCAAAUUUAAAAA